AUGGCUUCCACCAUUCUCCUUUCCUUUCUCAUCCUCUCUCAAGCCCUCCUCCUCACUCUCCCACCAUCCCAAGCAGCCCCAAAUUCCAAACUCUUCCGCGAAUACAUCGGCGCUGAAUUCAACAACAUCAAGUUCUCCGACGUCCCAAUAAAUCCAUCCGUCGAUUUCCACUUCCUUCUCUCCUUUGCAAUCGAUUACACCACAGAUUCUCCUUCCCCCACCAACGGAAAUUUCAACAUCUUCUGGGACUCUGAUAACCUUAGCCCCUCCCAAGUCAAUUCGAUCAAGGCCAACCAUCCGAACGUGAAGGUGGGCCUUAGCCUAGGAGGUGAUAGCGUGGGGUCUGGUUAUGCUUACUUCACCCCGUCUUCAGUAGACUCUUGGGUCAGCAAUGCAGUUUCGUCGCUCACCAAAAUCAUCAAACAAUACGGUUUGGAUGGUAUUGACAUCGAUUACGAACACUUCAAGACCGACCCCAACACAUUUGCAGAGUGCAUCGGUAGGCUUGUGACAACUCUCAAGGGAAAUGGGGUAAUCUCGUUCGCAUCCAUAGCACCUUUCGAUGACGAUGAAGUUCAAAGCCAUUACUUGGCUUUGUGGGGGAAAUAUGGGAAUGUUAUAGACUAUGUUAACUUCCAAUUCUACGCGUAUGAUCAGGGGACCACUGUAUCGCAAUUUUUGAACUACUUCAAUACUCAAAACUCUAAUUAUGGGGGUGGUAAGGUUUUAGUGAGUUUUAGUACCGACGGGAGUGGUGGAUUGUCCCCGGAAAAUGGGUUCUUCACGGCAUGUGAUAGGCUAAGGAGUCAGGGCAAGCUUCAUGGGAUUUUUGUGUGGUCUGCCGAUGAUUCAAUGGGGAAUGGUUUCCGUUAUGAGCGGCGAUCGCAGGCCUUGUUGGCGGGUGGCCAUUGAUCGAUUUCCUUCUUCUACUGCUUAUACUUUAAUACUGUGUAAGUAAAUCAAGAUGUCUUGAUGUAGUUUGUGUCUGUGUAUGUAUUUGUGCUUGAAAGAAAUACUAUA